AUGGCUACGAUCCGGAAUCCUUUCGUCGUUGCUCGCUGUGUAUUUUUUGCCAUGAUUAUCUACCUCAACGUGAUAGCGCUCAUUCUCGCCGCUCUGGACACUGGGAUUCUCGUCCACCACGACCUUCAUGUGCCAGGUGCACCUGUAUUUAUUAUAAUCAAUAGCUGCGCUCUGUCUUUCUUCUCGUUUUUCGCCUUUGCAGAACUCUUUGCGGCGAAUGCGCGUACUGCCCAAAUCAAGUUCGAAUGCGCGUGGACUGUCAUCCUGAGUAUUAUGCAGCUCGCUGCUAGUAUUGAUGCCACCGUGAACGGCCCGCCAGUCUUCUGUCGGAUGGAUACAUCCAAGUGGGCUGUCUGUGCUUCAUCCUCCAUUCUCGUCCCGACUACGUGGCUGGCGUGCGGUGCUUUGCUCUCCUACUGUCUUCUCCUUAUUGGUGUUACGGUCGCCCACUACAGGGAACAUUCCGCCAUUUGGUCUGCCAGUGUCUACCAAGUACCAUGGUUCCAAUCCAAGCCCACAAACAUGGCCAGGCUCAUCCUGCCUUCAACUGUCAAGGAUCUGCCACCUUUGCCCAUUCGGACCAACUCAGACGCUUCGUCCUUCUCGUCGAGGUCCCGGUACUCGCAGUCAACCGGUCUUCGUGCCGCGCGAUCAUUCGCGACCGACUCGGAGAAGCAAGAAUCUUUUGGACCGGUGUCAUUCUAUAACAUGGGCAAGAACGAGACGUUCGACCGGCCUGCAUGGGCAAAGCGCAACGAGACUCGGCGUGGUCUGGACGCGCCCUUCGUGGUCUUCCGCAAGGAGCGUGAAGAGGAGGAGACGUCGUCCACUGCUGCUACUGAAGACAGGCCGGUUGUAGCCACUGCCGGCUCACGAUUCCUGGAGCUCCUCCAGGAACCAAAGGCGUCCAGUCGGGUGGAUAAGAAGACGGGAGACACGAAGCCUCUUGCGUUUCCCCAGACAGUGUACAAUCCUGACGAGCCGAUCCCUCUGCCACAUCGUUCGCAGUGGGUUCGGGCGGACCAAGCUGGCAAAGGCGGGAAGUAG